AUGUAUACACGAGAGAAGAGUUGGCUCAGCAAACUGGGCUCACCGAAGCCAGAAUACAGGUUUGAUAUAACACAUCACGGCAUAAGAUACCAACACUACCGACAACAGAUUUUGACCAAUGUGCAUUUAAACGUUGAAAAUGGCAACUGA